AUUACUCUCAUUGCUGUUAUAUACGUAGCAUACCGUGAGCUGAGCAUAGCAUUUCUGUUUUAUUUCUUUAGGACUCGAGCUCAUGCAGAAUUAAGUGCAGAUUAGAUAAGAAAGAUCAGCUUUGGAGUGGAAAUAUGGGGUCUGAUGAGGCCUACAACUUCGUUUUUAAAGUGGUUCUUAUUGGAGAAUCCGGUGUUGGCAAAAGCAACUUGCUGUCACGGUUCACCAAGAACGAGUUUAGCCACGACAGCCGGACGACCAUCGGCGUGGAGUUCAGCACUAGAACUGUGCAGCUGAACGGACUCACUAUUAAAGCUCAGAUCUGGGACACCGCUGGAUUGGAGCGGUACCGCGCCAUCACCUCUGCAUAUUAUCGAGGAGCGGUCGGAGCUCUGCUGGUUUAUGAUAUUUCCAAGCAUCUGACGUAUGAAAGUGCCGAGCGCUGGCUAAAGGAGCUCUACGAUCACGCCGAUCCACACAUCGUAGUGAUGCUGGUGGGAAAUAAAUCCGACCUGGCAGCCGUGCGCUCCGUUCCUACAGAGGACGCCAAAGACUUUGCAGAGAAGAAUGGUCUUCUGUUCAUGGAAACCUCAGCUCUGGAGUCAGUAAAUGUUGAAGCAGCUUUCAACACUGUGCUUACAGAAAUCCACAAGAAGGUGAACAGCAAAGAAGUGACCCGCGGCUCCAUCAGUGCAGUCACGUUGUCUCAACCUAAAACUCCAGCAGAAACCCAGGAGGAGAAGAAAACCUGCUGUAAAAACUUGUGAAAGAGUCAUUCAGAUACAGUUGAAGUCCGAAUUAUUAGCCCUCCUGAAUUAUUAGCCCCCUAUAUAUUUAUUUCCCCUAUUUCUGUUAAACAGAAAGAUUUCUUUAACACAUUUCUUAACAUAAUAGUUUUAAUAACUCAUUUCUAAUAACUUUUUUUUUAUCUUUGCCAUGAUGACAGUACAUAAAAUUCUACAAGAUAUUUUUCAAGAUAUGAGUAUUCAGCUUAAAGUGACAUUUAAAGAGCCCAUAUUAUACAUGAAAUAGGGUCAUAUCUUGGUUGUAAGGGUCUCCAACAACAGUCUAAUAUGCAUGCAAGGUCAAAAAACACUUUCAUGGGCUUAUAAUCUGCAUUUAUUUUUACCUAAUUAUCCCAGCGACUCUCGUAUGAAUCGUCCAGUGAUUCAUUUGUUCCCAAACCCCUCCUUAGCGCGAAGCUAAUCUGCGCUGAUUGGACCUAUGACAGUCGAUUGGUCGACUCCCCUUCAGUGAGAGAGUGAAAUGCCCAACAGCUAUUCAGCAAUAUAAAA